AUGCUUCAUAAAAAAUCAAAUAAACAACAAUAUAUUUUAUUUCGACUUGCUUUUAUUCCAUUAGUUUUAUCAUUUGGAAGUUUUCUAUUACUUAAUUAUGGUUUUUUCUCUUAUAUCGAAGAACGACAAAAUGAAAAAAAUUAUUUGAAUACAACAUGUUUUCUUAAUGGAACAUUGACAUAUCGUGAACCAUGUCAUGAUCGUAGUUGUUCGUAUACAAGAUCACCUGCUUUAUGUCCAUCUACUUUUCAACUUUGUUCGAAAACUGUUUAUAUUAUUAUUUAUGAAAAUAAUCAACAAGCUUUUACAUAUAAUCGGCCUUCAUGGGCUAAUGAUGAUAAAUCACAUACAAGAUGUUAUUAUGAUAAAACAAAAUCAGGUAUUGUUAGAUGGAAAAAACCAACAACGAAACAAUUUAAAAUUCAAAUUUCAUUCGGAAUAUUAUUAUUUACAGCAAGUAUUAUUUUAUGGAUUGUUUGGGCUCAUUUGAAAAAAAACGCACAAUUAACAACAAUAUCAAAUAAUCAUUAUCGUAUACUAAGAUCAGAACUAUAG